AUGGCCGUCCUACAAUCAACCCUCUCCCGGCCCCUGCUCCUGGCCACCCGAACCCUGCAAUGGGUCAGCUCCGUCAUCGCCAUGGGUUUCUACGCCUACUUCGUGCACCGCCAGCACCAUGGUGUACACAUCAUUUUCAACCUGGUCAUUUCUGUCCUCUCGGUGGUCUUCUUUAUCCCCGCAUUCCUGUCGCCAUUCAGGUCGACCUUGCUCAGCAAGUGGGUUGUUAUAAUUGACACGAUCUUCUCCUACCUAUGGUUGACCGCCUUCAUCUUCGCUGCCCAGAGCUACAAUUACGGCGACGUCUAUUUCAUUGCCCCCUUCGGUGUCAAGGUAUCUGUGAAGCAUGCUGCCGAGGCUUUCACUUUCCUUGCUUUCUUCUUCACCCUCGUCGGCCUCGUCACCGAGACUUUGACUCGCUGGAGUGACGCUGACCAUGAGCCUGUGGUUCGCGAAAAGCACAAUGCCGCCGACACUCGCGCUCCUCUCGAUGCGCCAGCCAACACUACUGGCACUGCUGCCGUUUAA